AUGGCCCCGAAGCCGGCUGCCACGUCCUCGAGGGCGUGGGAGGCUCUCAAUCCGCCGCUCUCACCAUGGAUCCUGGAUGCUGUUUCCACCAUGGGGUUCUCUCGCAUGACGCCCGUGCAGGCCUCCACCAUCCCUCUUUUCAUGGGCCACAAAGAUGUGGUGGUCGAAGCCGUUACCGGAAGUGGAAAGACCCUAUCCUUCUUAAUCCCUGUGGUUGAGAAGUUGCUGCGACUAGAGGAGCCGAUCAAAAAGCAUAAUAUUGGCGCCAUCAUCAUAUCUCCAACCAGGGAACUUGCAUCGCAGAUAUAUAAUGUUCUUGUCUCAUUACUGGCUUUCCACGAACCUUCUGCAUCGGUCAUUAAUCCGCCGGACGAAGAAGAUGCAAGCGAACGUCCAAAAUACCCAUCGUCCACCCUCAAAGUUGUCCCACAGCUUCUUUUGGGAGGGCUAACCACACCAGCGGAGGACCUGAGUACAUUCUUGAAGCGAUCUCCGAAUGUCCUUGUCUCCACCCCUGGAAGACUGCUGGAGCUGCUCUCGUCACCCCACGUCCAUUGUCCGCAGUCAUCAUUUGAGGUACUGGUAAUGGACGAGGCGGAUAGACUGUUGGAUCUUGGUUUCAAGGAUGAUCUUUCAAAGAUCUUGGCUCGGUUACCGAAGCAGCGACGAACUGGACUCUUCAGUGCUAGUGUGAGUGAAGCUGUCGACCAGCUAGUGAGGGUAGGCCUCCGGAAUCCAGUCAAGAUCGCGGUCAAGGUGAAGGGCGCAUCUGGUGUCGAAGACAAACGCACUCCAGCAAGUUUGCAAAUGACCUACCUUCUGACUCCUCCAACACACAAAUUACCGGCAGUUCAACGAAUUCUCUCCGCCGUUGAACCGACGCCACAGAAAACCAUCCUCUAUUUCUCAACCUGUGCCGGUGUCGAUUAUUUCCAGCAUCUGGUUCCUUUACUCCUUGGGGACGAUUUCCUUGUGAUUCCUCUUCACGGCAAGCACCCUGCUAAUGUUCGACAAAAGAACUUUACACGUUUCACCAAUUCGACGACUCCUGCCGUUCUAUUAACAACAGACGUCGCUGCGCGCGGGUUGGAUAUUCCCGCGGUGGAUCUUGUCAUUCAAGUAGAUCCUCCAUCAGAUCCAAAGGCAUUCAUGCAUCGGUGCGGUCGUGCUGGUCGGGCUGGCCGUCGAGGAUUGAGUAUAGUUCUUCUACACCCAGGAAGAGAAGAGGAUUACGUGCCGUUCCUGGAAGUUCGCAAGACCCCGGUGACACUCUAUGAGAACCCUAGGCUCUCGCUAUCCGAUGCAGAUGCAUCCGCUGCUACGGAAAAAUUCCGUAAAGCCGUCUUGAAAGACCGCGCUCUUCAUGACAAAGGUCAAAAAGGAUUUGUGAGCUUCGUCCGCAGUUACAGCAAACACCAAGCCAGCAGCAUAUUCAGAGUUGCCGAUCUGGAUUGGGAAGCACUAGGUCAUGCUUGGGGCCUCCUAAAGCUUCCUCGAAUGCCGGAACUAAGGAACUUCAAGGGGGAUACAACUUUAGGUGUCAGCCUUGAUUGGGACAAUUAUGCAUACAAGGAAAAGCAGAGAGAAAAGCACCGCCAGGAAGCUCUCAAAGAAAAAGCUGAAGCUGGCGAUGAUGUUUCUCAGAAACAUCAGAAGAAGAGACCAGCCGAAAAUAUACCCUGGAGUCAGAAACUAGAACAGAAGGGCGAGCGUGAGAAGCGCAGAGAGAAGAAGAGGGCGAGAAAGGACAGAGACAGGUGGGAGAAGAUGACCGAGGAGGAGAAACAGAAGGUGCGUGAGACAGAGAGGAUGCUGGAGGAAAUUAGAAAGCAAAAAGAACAAGAACGAGCCUCCUCCAAAGAGGCCGCAGGUGCCGCAAACGGCGAGGAAGACGAGUUUGAGGGUUUCGACUGA